GCGGGCCACUCCGCAAUAGCAGUGAUCUUCGCGUCGAUCAUGUGGAGACCCUGGUCAGACACAUAGUGUCCUAAGAAAUCCACUUUGUGCUGGGCAAAACGUCACUUGCUUAGCUUGGCGUAGAAGCCAUGUCUGCGCAAGCGGUCAAGGACGUCGCGGAGGUGUCUAAGGUGCUCCUCAAGGGUACAACUAUAGACCAGGAUAUCGUCGAGGUAGACGAGAACGUACCGCUCCAGGAUGUCCCUAAAGAUGUCGUUCAUCGCCCUCUGGAAGGUAGCGGGUGUGUUGGUGAGGCCGAAUGGCAUCACCGUGAACUCGUAGUGGCCGAAUCGCGAUCGGAACGCGGUCUUCGGCUGGUCGGCUGCAGCGACGAGGAUCUGAUGCUCAUCGGAACGAGGCAUGGGGUAGCUGUUCUUAACCGUGUAGCGGUUGAGACCGCGGUAGUCGAUGCAGAGACGAAGAGUUUCAUCCACUUUGCGAACAAAGAGGACGGGUGCACCCUACGGGGAGUUGCUGGGUUUAAUGAAACCCAGUCUCAGGAGCUCCUCAAGCUGACGCUUGAGUUCGGUGGCCUCGGGGAUCAAGAGUCUGUAGGGUGCCUGGUGGUGAACACGAUAGUCAGGCACGAGCUGAAUGGAGUGCUCGACGUCACGCAUCGGUGGGAUGCCGGCGUACGAGAACGACGAUGGGAAAACGUUGUGGUACUCUCAGAUGAGGUCACGAACUGCGGGCUCCAAGUCAGCCGUAUAUCGUGCGAGUUCCUCAGCGUCAGCGUCAGCAAGCGACAGCGGGGUGGACUCGACGGACGGCGGAGGGACGAAAGUAGAUAUGGGAUCCAUGGAGAUAGAGGGAGGAUCUGGCUCCAGAGGGAUGAGCUCGGCGUCGGGACAGGGUGGAUUAUAGUGUAAGAGAUCCGUCACGUCCACCAUAAAGAAGGUGACGUUGUCCUGUCGAAUGAAGUGAGCGAACUGCCUAGGCGAGGUGACACUAAUAGAGGGAGAUGGUGUGGGCACUGAAGGCUCCAGGGGAGGAGGAUCGGGGCGUGGUGUCGCCGUGAUACCUAUGAAAGGUACGCGAUACGUCUGUCCACACUUCGUUUUGAGAACGAGAGUGUUGGUCGCCUAAUCGGCCUCGGUGCUGCGGAACCGACGAGACCACGGAGUGCCGAGAAUAAAGUCAUACCCCGUCU